GACAUUACCGUCCAACUCCCAUUACCCCUAAAGGCCGAUGAUCUUCUGGCAAAACCAAGGAGAGGGAAAUUGCCCACGAGACCCCCCAACAAUUUCCUGAUAUUCAAGACGGCCUACACUCGCGUCCUCCAGUCGAAGGGGCACUGGGACCUCCGUAUGAGGGAAGUUACCAGUAAUGCUGCACAGGCCUGGAAGAUAGCCUCACCUGAGGUAAAAGAGGAAUGUGGCAAACUGGCGGGAGUUGCAAAAAAACGUCACGAAGAAGUAUACGGACCUUCUCCACCACGCCGUCGUCGUAACAGAAGACGGCAAGGUCGCCGGAUGGUCACAGAAGAUCCCGCUCCACAGGUUUCACCGUCAAGCUCUCCGUCGGAGGACUUUACCUCAUCCAUCGCUCCUUCUUCCAUCCAGGUCCAGACGUUCUACUUCAACAACCUGAUAUCAUCAAUUUCCGGUACUGGUGACUGGUCUGGUUACGAGAUUGAUUUGCAGAACUCCGG